GCUGGAACGGGGGGCCCUGCACGUCUGUCAGUCUACGCCAUGCGGACAACGAGACACGCGGCAAACCGGCUGCCCGUCCUACUGCUGCUGUGGGCUGCCUCCAGAGUGGGCACUGCACUGGCCGAGCGCGGCAAACCGCCCUGCAGGGCCGACGACGUCGUGGUCUUCUACACGGCUAAAGCACCGCCUCUGACCUGUUUCAUCGACACUGACUGCGAUGCGACUAACGGCACGGAAGCCGGUUUCAGACUCGGAGCUCGGUUGAUGAGAGGCUCCCCUUACCAGCUGGCCAGUUACGUGUGCAACUUCGAACAAAGCGAUAACUUAAACAGUACUGCAUUAUUUCGGGAGAGUAUACCAGAAUUUCAGACAGUCUUCGAGCAGCCGUACUGGAUAACCGAGGAGCACGUGCGAAUCUUCAUUGGAAGCUCAGUUAUUUGUCUGUUCGAUUCGGAUUUACCGGAUGAUUUUUUCCACCUUAUCGUGCAGCGGCCGCACGAAGACGCGCCGUUUAAAUGUCGAGUCCGUGACCUUGACAACACUCUCUACCUCAGGUUUCCCGGUUACCCGAUAGUCAUUUGUGAGUUAGAACAGAGAAGAGUCUUCUCUCCGUCGACUUACAGAUUCAAGCUGACGCAGAUUGUGGGAGAGCCGUUUUCUUGCGCUUUUCUGGCCUACGAUGAGGUGAACCUGGAGGUCGUGGGCACGGAGCAGCAGCUGCACCACGCGCUGAUUCGGGGGUUCACCGGCCGGAAGACCAGUGGCCGACCGUGGUUCAACUGUUCUCCCAGGGAGGCCUCGGAUAAGGAGCCCGAUUUCGAGAUACGAAUUUCUGCAGGUGACUUCUACAACUGCCGUUUUCUCGAUCCUGACGAGGAUAGCACAGAAACUGCUGCCAAACGUUUCUUCGGGUGGUAAGGAGCGGCCAGGAUAUCCCAUUCUGCAUCAGAAAAAUAACAGAGCCUUGUAUUAUAUCCAUGUACACCGAAAUCAGAUCAUUAAAGUAACUUUCAUUCA